GUCUUUGCACUCUUCACACCAGCAGCUCACCCACUGACCGACUGACAAUCUGGAAAGGGUCCUGGAGCUUCUGUGGACGUCCACAACGGCUUUAAAGGCUACGUUUUUGUCUGUGAUCACCUGGAAGUUUCAAGCGAUGAGUUUCCAAUAUUGAAGUCUUCAUUUGGAACCAAUAACUGAGUAUUUGCUCAGAGAAAAGCAAGAUUUACGUCAACUCUUUUCACCCAAAAGAGAUUCAAAAAGUUUGAAGACAACUCCAGGAAUUGCCACAAUACAACCUGCAAGACUUUACCAAUCGGAAAAACAGAAGACAAGAGAAAUACCAAUUUCUGGAAGCUCUUCUGGUAUCCUGUCACAAUGAGCAGCGGUGGGACCAGCACAGUUUCCCCACAGGAGCCCCAGGCUUUCAAACGGGCCGUACGGAAAAUAAAAUGUGCCGCUAUGGUGGCCAACUUGGCUAAGAGUUGGCAGGGCUGGGCCACCGAACACUCCGACACACAGGACGCCAUCCCCAGCGGCUGGAUGCCGGACUCUGUUGAAGGGGUGGACGAAAAAGUGUGCAGCCGGGAGGUCAAGCUCACCAACCCUCCUCGAGUGUUCACAGCCGAUGCUAGUGACAGCAGCGGUAUCCGGACCGGUUCUGUGGCCAAGUCCGUGCAGCCGAAACGCAGCGAGUGCAGCAGCAGCUCCGUGGUAAACGCCAUCCGAGGGAAGAUGGAAGCAGGGCCUGAAGAAAGCAAGCCUUUCCUGGGUAAUGAGUCGCCGACAAGGAGGCGCCAGAUGAGGGCGCUGCAGACCGCGGCUGACGGAAGCAUCCGAGACAAGAAGCUGGGGUCGAGGAGCAGCAGUUUGGACACGGAGGACAGCGGGCUGGGAGAGGAGGCGGGGCUCAGCGACAACAGCGAAUCAAAAACUGAGCUGGGUGACAUCCUGAGCAAGAAACAGACCAACAGGCCCAAGAUUAAAAUCACCACUACAGGUGAUAUCAAGAACCGCUGGCAGCAGUGGUCUCAGCAGCACAUCGUGGGCCAGAAGCUCAACCCCUUCAGUGAGGAGUUCGACCCCGAGUACGCCAUGGCUCAGCGGGUCCGCAAGGGCGAGGACGGAUACGGGCGACCCAAAGACGGAUCCAAGACGGCAGAGAGGGGCGACCGGGCCCAGAAACACGUCCACAAGGAGAUGGAGGAGAUGGUGUGGAUUAUCAAAGACAUGGGCAUUAAAGACAAGGAGGGGAGAACCAUGAUAACCUUCGGCCGCCUCUUUGACCGCUACGUGAAGAUCUCAGAUAAGGUGGUGGGCAUCGCUCUGCGCUGCCGCAAACACAAGAUGCUGGACUUUGAGGGGGAGAUGCUGUGGAAAGGACAGGACGAUGAUGUGAUUAUUACUGUGAGAGACUGAGGACAGACCCAGUGUUUUACAAACUGUUACACACAUGCUAACACACCUACAAAUGUCAGAAAUAACGCUACCCAUGCUAGCGGCAGUGCUACAUCAUGUGCACAAAAAACAUUGAGGAAUAUUUGGAAGAGACCAACAAAUAUUAAAGUAUGAUAACUAAGUGUGUCAACCAAUUAGUAUCACUCACUUCAAUUUGAUUCAGGGUAAGACUCCAGAUUAAGUAAAAAUUGCCACUAAUCUCAGGAUCUACUCCACUCCGAGGAGAGCUAAGAAAGGUAGUAAUAUCAUAAUGAGAGAGUAAAGUGUUACAAAUAUUAUUGAGUUUUUGUUUUUAGGAAAGUUAUACCAACUGAUUGCAAUAAUGUUAGCACACAAAAGCAAACAUGAUAAAAUGUUACAUUUGUUCAACUGUAAUGUGUUGGUUACAUUUAAUAUGCUAGCAUUCUAAAUUGUAAAUAUUUAAUUUUAAACUAUAAGAAUAACAUUUUUUGAAUUAAAAUACACACAAACACAUUGGGUUAAAAUUAUAAUUUCAGUGAUCAGCAAAAUAAAUUCAAAGAGACAAACUCUUGCACAUUUCUAUUUUAACAUAUGCCUUUGAUAAAAGGUAUAUAAG